AUGUCAAGAUUGUUGCUUUCUUGUGUGAAUGGGUUAUUUGGGGAAGCUUAUAUAAAAAACUUUGAUUCUUUUCUUCUGUUGAAAAAGGAAUGCGGGCAGGGAGAUAGGGCAGGGAAAGCAGUGAAGGAAGAUGGCUGUGUAGUAUACAUAUGGGGUGCACCAACACCACCUGGUUUUUCAUUUUUAGUUACUUCAAAUGGAGAAAUGCUGAAGAAGCUAAAUCCAUUUCUGGAGAGUGGGAAGGUGAAGCCGGUGCUCGACCCCAAGGGGUUAUUCCCUUUCGACAAGGUUAAUGAAGCUUUUGCUUAUCUAGAAACAAAUCGAGCCACCGGAAAGGUGGUUAUAUAUCCGAUUAAUCCGUGA